GCUCACGCACGUCGAAGUCGCGUCAACUGCUUGGAUAAGCCUUCCCGAUAUCCAAAAAUGGCGUUUCUCAUAUAACUCACCGUCCUGAGGCCCUCGUAGUGUGGUGCUGGAUACGCUUGUCUGUUAAUCUCUUGGAAUCAAAUCACUCAGAAUCAAGAUGCAGUCUGCAGAGCAACUUCGACCCGAACAACUGGUGGGUUUGGUUGCCCGUUCAGCAGAAGGUACAGCAGCAAAAGGAAUGGCAAUAAAGGGACACGAAGAUCUCUGGGUGGAAAUACAAGCAAACACCUUUAGAAAUUGGGUGAACGAACAUUUGAAACAUGCCGGCGGUACUGGUGGUAGUCCAGUGUUGGAUUUGGCAGAAGAUUUCAGAGAUGGAACCAGAUUAUGUGCACUAGUGGAAGUCUUGACACAACGUCGUCUUCCUCGUUGGAAUCCGAGACCAGCUAAUCAGCACCAUCACUUGGAGAACGUGUCCACGGCUCUGCAAGCCAUUGAAGCUGAUGGCGUUAAACUCGUUAACAUAGGUAAUGUCGACAUCGUAAAUGGAAAUUUGAAAUUGAUUCUUGGCCUCAUAUGGUCGCUCAUUGUGAGAUACCAAAUAGGCAAGUCCAAGUUCCCACCAAGGAAACUCAUGCUGGCUUGGCUCAAGGCCGUACUACCUGAAUGCAGAGUGAACAAUUUUACAACUGAUUGGAAUUCCGGAGUGUACCUCAGUGCACUUUUGGAUUAUUGCAAACCGGGCCUGUUUCCACAUUGGCGACAACUUGAUCCCAACGACAGCGUUUACAAUUGUCGAAAGGCAAUGGAAAUAGCUAAACGCGAAUUCGACAUACCAAUGGUGCUAGAACCAGAAUACCUUGCCUCACCUUAUUUGGAUGAACUGUCAGGAAUGACCUAUUUAUCUUACUUCAUGAAGGAAGGCUCACCUGGUUUCUACGCCACGUUACGAUGGGUCAAUUCGCAGCUGCCACAUGCUCCCGUCAGAAAUUUUACGACCGAUUGGAACGAUGGUCGAGCACUUUGCAGCAUUGUCAGAAAUUUAGGAGGGCCAGCUCCUACAUACGAUAAGCUCGACACCGACCCUUCGUCCUGGGAACACAAUUUGCUACAGGGCAUUGAGGGUGGUAAGAAAUUAGGAGUUGAGCCUAUUCUCAAGGCCAAGGAUAUGGCUGAUCAGAAUGUCGAGCAUUUAGGUGUUAUGGCAUACGCAGCAUACUUUCAAUGGGUAAAGCCUCGCCCUCAAGCUAGUGAGCAAAUAGCAGUUCACAUAGAUAGUACUUCCGCCAGAGUUCAACAGCCGGCUUUCUUUAGACUGGAAAUGCUGUCGAAGGAUGUGAAUCCUCGAGAGGUACGAGGUGAAAUUAUAAGUCCCAGUGGUAGAAUAGAAUGCAGACUUACCUGGAAUGGACUUCAUGGCAAAGGAACAUUUGUACCUACCGAAGUAGGGAUGCAUAAGUUAAUGGUGUACAAUGACGGAGAACUCGUGAACGGUUGUCCCUAUUACUUUAGAGUUUUACCUCCAAUAACGAAAAUCAAGUCACCCGGCAUGGAUCCCUGCGCCAUUGGAUCCAUUGUCGAGGUUCUAGUCAAUAGUUACGGAACUAGUCAUGAUGGCAUUGAUGUGACAGCUUGGUCUCCAACUGGAAGAUCACUUCCGUGUCCUGUGAAAGAAAAUGAUGGUGUGCAUACAGCAACUUUCCAACCGGAUGAGACUGGAGAAUGGAGCAUUGCUAUUACGCACAAAGGAAAUCAUAUUCAGGGCGGACCAUUCACGUGCUUCGUGUUUGACCCUAAUGGAGUCAAACUUCUUGAUACCGACGGCGCGAUGCCUGGACAACCAUUCUCCUUUGUAGUAGAUGCAACCGGAACCGGAGGUCUCGGUGACGUAAUCAUAGACAUAGUGCACGACAAGCAGUCUCUUCCUUAUCGAAUUGAGGACAUUGGACCAAUGAAAUACAGAGUCUCGUUCCAUCCACGUGAUGCUGGGAAAUAUCGUGUCUACGUUUAUUUCAAUGGAUCAGAUGUGCGUGGAUCACCCUUUUCUCUUCGCGUUGGUACACAGAAGGGAUCUAGAAGAUCGAAGGAAUCCUCUACCAGUAUGGAAAGAUCUAAAAUGUCCUCACUUGAAAGACGUAUGAAUGGAGUAAACGUUUCAUCUAUCGAUCGCUCCAGUCCUAUACAGAAGAGUUAUUCUCCACCCGUAUAUAAAUCAACCAGUCCAACUCAGGGCUUCAGGGAAUACUCUCCUCUUCAUCAAAAUGCGUCUUCCUCUUAUAAAACGUCCAGCAAUUACACGAAAGAGAACUCCAAUACCAGCUAUCACACGAGCUCGAUCAAUCGCGCCAGGUCUCCAAACUUGAAUCAAAGUUCUACAACGAGGAAUUUACAUAGUCCUUCCUUGAUCAGGGAGACUAAGGAAAUCUACUCGACGAGCUCUUUGAAUCGAUCAAGGUCGCCGAAUGUCAAUGUAUCCGUAACGAGGAAUCUGCAGAGUCCAAGUCUUAUCAAAGAGACUAAGGAUAUAUAUUCUUCGAGUACACUGAAUCGAUCUCGUUCACCUAAUCCAAGUCAUACCGUUCGCGUUCAGCACAGUCCACCGAUAAUCAAGGAGUCUAGAGAUAUUUAUCAAACUGGAUCACUCAAUCGGUCCAGAUCUCCUACCCGUAGUCCCAUGACAUUUAGAAGUGCUACGCAAAGUCCUGUAAACAGGAGUUUCAGUCCCAGGAUCGGCGAUAAGGAUAAUAGUCUGAAUAGACGCGGUUCUGUGGAAAAUGGUGUCGUAGAUACCAGUAGCAAUGUCAGAGUUUCCUCUAUGGUCGGUGGAACUUCACGACGUGAUUCCUGGGAUGCAAUAGCAAAGACAAAAUCAUUGCUUUCAUAUGGCAGCCUGGAAUCUUUGGCUAAUCUGGCAAAUAAUUCGUCAGCCGCUAAUCACACAGUGACUAGUUCAAAUUAUACAAGCAACAAUUAUCGAAACAAUCAAAAUUACAUUUCCACAAACGUAACACACAACCAGAACUCUUCGUCGAACUUUAAUUCUUCUCAGAGAGUCUCUACUACGGAUUAUGGUUCGACUCAAAGAUAUGUAACUGACAAUCAAAAUGGACGUGUACAGACGCAUGGAAUAUUGAAGAAUAAAAAUGGCAACGGUUAUAAAAAUGUUGAUACCACGGAUGCUGUGCACGAACGAUUUUUGCCCAAUACUGGAUCAGCUUUUAGAUUAACGCAGAAAAAGAACAGUCUUGUUAGUGGAAAUGCUCUGGAUAUUUUACCAGUUCAUAAAGCAACAUCUUUCACCAUUGAUUCAAGCCUUGAUCCGAAUAAAGUUUCUGUUACGGUUACAGGUCCCAAUGGUAAGACUGUACCAGUCCAGAAAUCAACUCUUCGAGGAUUAAUGUUUAUUAUCACUGCUGAUGAAGUUGGCGAACACCAAAUUCAUAUUCUUGUUAAUGGUCAGCACAUCGAAGGCUCCCCAUUCAGAUCACAGGCAUACAAUGCAAAAGCAAUUCAAGUGGGAAACAUUCCUAAUGGCGUUGUCGGUCAACCAGUUGAAUUUGAAAUUGAUGGCUCCCGCGCUGGUUCUGGAAACCUCGAAAUACUUGUCAAUGGCGGGCACGUAACAAGUUUCGUGAGGGCACUUGGAAAUCAAAGAUUCCUGGCAUCAUUCGUACCUCACGAAGCAGUCACACACUUGGUUGAGAUGACAUUUAACGGGGAAACUGUACCUGGUUCACCUUGGCGCGUAGGCAUCAUGUCUGGUCCUAAAAUGUCGGUUGUUGGGGACUCCGUAAGGUUGGUCCCUGCAGGAACUCCCGCACUCUUUGAACUGUCUGCCCUUGGCUUCACAAGCAAUGAAAUUGAUGUGCAGAUAAUAACACCAUCAAAAAGACAUAUAUCUGCUCAUAUUGACGAAGAGCCAGGGCGUCCAGGAGAGUUUCGCGUGGAGUUCACACCGACAGAGGUUGGCAGCCACCUCGUGGAAGUGAGCAUCGCGGGACAAAAGCUGCCGGCAGGUCCUCUCGUCGCCAAAGUGUACAACAGCAGUCUCAUCCAAGUUACUGACAUACCCAGCGCCGUCGUAGGUCACGCCUGCCAAUUCAGAGUUGACGCAAGUGCUGCCGGAGAAGGCCAAUUAGAGAUUUCCAUAAACGAAGGAGAGGUUCCUAAUCAUGUGCAAGUCGUUGGAGGUGGUCGUUGUCUCGUAUCUUUUACGCCUGACGUCGCCAAACCGCAUUACAUAGACAUCAAAUUUAACGGAGAAACGGUCUCUGGGUGUCCAUUUGUCUGCAAUGUCUCAGACACCAGCAGAGUUACUCUCAGCUUGAGUCAUUUAGAAUUAAUACCAGUCAAUCAGCCAGCCAGUUUUCAUAUGGCCGUUGACGGAAGCGGAAGCGCUGAACUUGCUGUCUCCGUUAGGGGGCCAAGUACUGAAUUACCUGUCAAGGUAACGGGUAACAUACGCAGUGGAUUUACAGCAGAAUUCACACCCAGAGACGUUGGCGUUCAUUCUAUUAGUGUAGAAUACAAUGGCCAUCCCGUUAAUGGCACACCCUUCUUGGCCAAGGCUUUCAAUGCCGAUAAGGUGUUGAUUGGGCCUGUAGCAAGGGGUAGUGUUGGACAACCUACACACUUCACCGUCGAUGCAAGUCAGGCUGGUGAAGGAAAUCUCGAAAUCACAAUAUCUGCACGUGGUCAGAACAUCCCCACCCAAGUGACGCCACAAGGCAAUGCUCGUUUCUCGGUUAGUUUUGUACCGUUCGAGGCAUGCGAGCACGUUAUUAACAUAGCCUUCAACAAGCGAACUGUGCCCGGAUGUCCGAUCGUAACAAGGGUGGGUGGUGACAGUCAUGUGACUGUCAGUGGGCAGGCGUUAAGCAGUGCUGGCCUAGGAAGGCAAAGUUAUCUUACAGUCAGUAACGUUGCCGGUAGCUUGGAAGAUCUUGAAGUUAAUGUUGAAGGGCCCAAUGGACAGGCCGUCCCAGCUCAGGUCACUGACAACAAAGACACAACCUGCAGCGUGGCCUUUACACCGAAAAUCGUCGGGGAGCACAGAAUAUCGGUGAGCCACAGAAACGUGCCAGUGGUGGGCAGCCCGUUCAGCUGCAAAGUCUACGACGUCGGCGCCAUCAAAGUUAAGGAUGCCAAGAGAGGAGUCAUCGGAUUGCCAGUUACGUUUUUAGUGGAAACCAGUCAGGCAGGACCAGGUAAUUUGGAAGUUACUGUCAAUGGAGGCAGAGUACCAACAUCUGCUCAAGCUCAAGGUCCUCACACAUAUGCUAUUUCGUUCACACCUCGUGAACCGAUAGUCCACACUGUUGAUCUUCGAUUUAAUGGCGAGGAUGUUCCUGGGAGUCCAUUUAGUUGUCAGGUGAGUGAUACAGCUAAAGUUCUGAUAACUGAUGGUCUUGAGAAAGUCUCCGUGAAUCGUGUCGCAACCUUUACCAUCGAAGCCGACGCGUCCUUGGGAAAUCCAACAGUCGAGGUGUUAUCUCCGACAAGGGAAAGUCUGCCAGUUCAGAUUAAGCAAAGCGGACAUGGUUCGUACAGUGCUGGAUUUACUCCAAAGGAUGUCGGUGAUCAUAGCGUAGAAGUGAAACUUAAUGGUUCUCACGUGGAAGGUAGUCCAUUCCUGGUAAAAGCAUAUAACGCAGAUAAAGUAAAAGUGACUGAUAUCAACAAUGGAAUCGUUGGUAAACCUGUAUUCUUCAGUAUAAACGCCAGUCAGGCAGGAGCCGGAAAUCUGGAAAUAAUUGUAGCCGUGAAUGGUAAGAACGUGCCGAAUUAUGUGCAAAGUGAAGGAAACGCCAAGUUCCGGGUUAAUUUCAAACCCCAGGAAGCAGCAGUGCACAGUCUCAGCGUUCGUUUUAACGGAGAGCCUGUUCCAGGUUCGCCGUUCAGUUGCAAAGUGGUCGGCGCUGGACAAGCAGUAAUUAGUGGUCACAAUUUAAAAAUGGGGGCAGUCAAGCAAUUAACGUCAUUCACCGUGGAUCCACAAGCACCAUCGACGAACUGCGACGUGAUCGUCACACCGCCAUCCAACAUCGCUCUUCCAAUAACGAUCGAACCAAUAGACGGAAAGUACAAUAUUAGUUUUACUCCAAACGAAGUCGGCCGACACAACAUCAGUGUGCUGGUGGACGGUGAGCCGAUAAAAGGAUCGCCAUUUGCUUGCAACAUUUACGACGUAACAAAGGUACACGUGUCAGGACUCACGGAGGCGACUCUAGGCCAGGCUACGACUUUCACAGUUGAUGCGGCUGAGGCUGGUGAAGGUACCCUGGAGUUGGUAGUCAGCACUGAGAACAAUACUGUCAAGGCAGAAGUCGUUGCUUGUGCAAGAGGUUUAUAUGAUGUUACAUUCGUACCUCAGGUCACUAGUACGCACUACGUUAAUAUCAGUUUUAACGACGACAAUGUGCCAGGAAGUCCAUUCAAGUGUCCAGUGGUCGGUGGCGUUCUUGAUGGACCGUCUGUAAUUCGAGUUGGUAAUACAGCCUACAUGGAUUUAGAUAUGCCAGGAUUGGAAGGACCUGUAUCUGCUGAAGUUACUGGUCCUGAUGGAAUAAUCAUUCCGUGUACCUUGACAAAGUUGUCUUCUACCUUGUAUCGAGUGGAGGUUAGAACUCGACACGUGGGUUCGUACAAUGUUAUAUUCAGCGAUGGACACAGAGUUAUCAGUUCACAAACACUUCAAGCUUUUGAUCCUAACAAAGUAACCAUCAAGGAAAUAUCUGACGCCGUGUGUCAUCGUCCUGGAACGAUAGUCGUGGUAGCAUCCAAGGAAGCUGGACCAGGAAAAUUAACAGUGAAUGUAAGAGCUGGCGGAGCUGAUGUUGAUAGUUUAGUACGCGAAGGCGAAAACGGCGUUUACGAAGUCAUCUUUCAUCCAACUCGCGCUGCGCCUCACAGAGUUCAAAUAAAAUAUAACGACGUUCAUAUACAAGGAAGUCCCCUGGAGGUUGCUGUAAGAGGACCCACUGGUGGUAGGGAGGUCACUGCUACGGGUCUGGGUCUUUAUCAAUCGUCCGUAGGAAAAGUGACUUCCUUCACCAUAGAGACCCUGGGUAGACCUGGCAAGGAAUUCGACGUUGUGAUAAGCGGUCCACAAGGUAACGCAGUACCUGUGCGUUGUUAUCAACAUCGCGACGGAAAUUUAUUGGCUGAAUUCACAACAAACUCGGUCGGUACUUAUAAAAUUGAUGUACUGCAAGGCGCUAAGCCGGUACUAGGUUCGCCUUUUUUCUGUCAAGCCUUCGAUGCGUCCAAGGUGAAACUUACAGAACUUGGACCAACGACAAUAUCAGUUCACGAUCGUAUUGCGUUUAAACUUAUGAAAGCUGAUGCUGGAAUGGCCGAGUUAGACGUGAUAGCGACGAGUCCCUUGGGGCAAGAACUUCCGUUGCAAGUCACUUCACUGAAUGACGGAGCUGAAAUGAUUGAGUUCUCACCUAGUGUGCCUGGCACUUAUAUGAUCAAUGUCACCUACGGAGGCGCUUCGGUGCCGGGUAGCCCAGUAAUGUGUACAGUGGAAGCAGCGGGUCAGGCACGUGCAAAAGGUGAAGGCUUGCUCAGUGGUCAUGUUGGUAAACCUGCGCACUUCAUCGUCACCGGGACUAGAAGUCCCCCAGCUGUUCAGGUCGAUGGACCAGAUAGUGUAUCAAAGGCUACUAUAGAGGCUGGGGCGAAUCCAGGAACCUGGAACGUUUCUUACGUCCCUACUGAAGUGGGAGUGUUUGACAUCAGAGUGGUAUGUGCUGGACAACAAUUGCCAGGAUCACCGUGGCAUCCAAAAAUCAUCGAUACGCGGAAUCUACGUGUUAUUGGUGGAUGGUCCGCUGUGUGUGACGAUCUGGGCCGCUUGAAACUCAAUCCUUCGAGUAAGAUCAGCUUCGAUACGGCUGAAGCCGGACCUGGUGAGCUUAGUGGCAGCGUCGGGGAUCAUCCACUGUCUUUUGAAAUGACAUCCAACAAUAGACUGAAGCUUGUGACACCUCAGAUAUCCGGUGGAGAGCAUCGCAUGGAAAUAUUGUUCAAUGGAGCACCUUUUCCUGGAGCACCGAAACUGGCAAUACUCCCCGAGACCGAGCCACCCGUACAAGACACAAGCAGAGUCAUGUUAAGGGGCCGUGGUUUAACGACGGCAAAAUGUGGCGAAGAAGUCAGCUUCACGAUAGACGGCUCUCAAGCUGGUAAUGGAACUCCCAAAGUUCAAUUGUUUUCACCAACGACCGAAAUCAAUGUAAUGUUACAACACUUAGGAGAUAGUGUAUACCGUGCAAGUUAUAUACCACUGACCUCGGAGUCUUUACUGAUGACCGUAUCCUGGAAUGGACGACAAUUGAAAGGAUGUCCUUUACAAAUAAAUGUAACAAAUGCAGCCGAUGCUUCGCGAGUUAUCUGUUCGGGAGAUGGUCUGAAACAUGGAAUAGUCGGACAAGAGAUCAGAAGUUUCAUUGACACAAGGCGCGCUGGACCUGGUGAAUUGACAGCGCACUGUGUUGGACCACAUAAAGUAGCUUAUUGCGAACUUUAUGAUCAUGGCGAUGCUACGUUCACUUUAAACGUCAAACCUCAGGAAUCUGGACGACACGCCCUUACAAUUAAAUAUGCUGGAGAACACGUUCCUGGUUCACCAUUUACACUGCGGGUAUCUGGUGCUCCGGAUGCUACGAAGGUCCGCGUUUAUGGACCAGGAAUAGAACAUGGUGUUUUGGCGACAUUCCAAUCACGAUUUAUAUGCGAUACCCGUGGUGCUGGUGCUGGUCAACUCACCGUAAGGGUGCGGGGACCUAAGGGUGCCUUUAGAGUAGAAAUGCAACGGGAAACUCAAAAAGACAGAAUAAUUUUGUGUCGAUAUGAUCCAACCGAACCAGGUGACUAUCGGGUUGAAGUUCGUUGGGCUGGAGUCCUUGUACCUGGGUCACCAUUUCCGGUUAGGAUUGUGGAUACUCAGGAUGAAUUACUGAUGCUUACUCAGCAGGGUGGAGAUAAUUAUUCGACGGGCCAUCAUACUCUCACAUCGUGGCGCGGAUCUCAAGCUAUUUUAUAGAAGGAUCGCGCAUAACAUUGUUAUUAUUUUAUAUGAACUAAUAAUAUAUUUUAUAAUAUAUAAUAUUAUAACUUAAACGUUUUCAAUAAAACGAACGCUACAGCUUUCCCAUGACAAGCUUA